GGGAUGAAUCAACAUGCGCCACUUGAACCCCACGAUACAGUCCUCCAACUCACUUUCCGUAAGGUCGUUCUUACCGCAGUAAUUUCAAACUUUGCUUUCUACCCAUUCUUCGACUUGCACUCGUCUAGUCCGCCCAUUUAGCCUGCUCGACACCCCAUUGAUUGUUCACACGAUGCCAUUAUCAGCACCCGCAAAGCCUCAUGUUCUGCUGCUGUCCCUUGAACUCAGUUCAUAUUUCGACGAGCUCUACCAACGAAUCCUGAGCAAGUUGAACAACGUUGCCACCCUCGCCCGCGCCAGGAAACCAGAGUCAGCACUACAACGUCUAGCGGAUCAGCCACCGCACGCCGUCCUCGUCACCGAUAGUAAAAUCGCAGAGUAUCGUGCUGUUCGUGCUGGACUUCUUGACUACGUUCGGGCAGGUGGCAUACUUGUUCUCAUGGGCGAGUUCAGCUCGUCGAUCAGACCACCAGAUCUGGACAAGUUCUUCCGAGAAGCAGGCCUGUCAUGGACGUACGCGGACUAUAUGCGCACCAGGGUUUAUCGAAACGGCGCCGAAGGGGCAUCUUCACACCUCUCCCUACCCUCAAGUUAUAGCCAGAAAGCUGUCUUCCUUGCAAAUGUGUCUGUCAAUGAUGCAUGGUACCUGCCAACUGAGUCGUCGAGAACUCAAUCUCUGGUUUUCUCCCCAGAGCGGAUCCAGGACCUACAGCAAACUCCAAUCGCUCUCACCAAUAUAGGGAGCGGUAAGCUUGGGUAUGUGGGUGAUGUGAAUGGGGAAGAAGAGUCAGACGAAGUUAUACUAGCUAUGUGCGGGUUGUUUCAUGUUGCAUGAAGAGCUUGAGCUUCAGGUUCGAAGAUCUCACAUGGCAAUUGGAAGAAAAUCCUCAUUAGUGACAUCCAUCAGAUUUGUUC